AUGACGCGGGUAGUUCGAACGUUUCUGCUUCGAAGGAGCCUGGCGGUUGGCGCGCGCCCCACCACCCUCGGUGGCGGGGCCCAGGUGCUUGAGGGACGCAGUUCCGUGAGGGAGGCCCUCCCCCUACCGCCUGAAGAGGCUCGGACCGGGAAGGCGCCCCCGACGGGCCUGUUUGGGAACCUCGGUCUCUUUUUUCCAGGGCGAAGGGCCUCACCUCCUACUCAGUCUCUGCGGAGGUCCCAGCGGAAAUCAGGCUCUGAUCUUCCCAACAUCCUCCCUGAAAUCUGGCCGAAGGCACCUCAUGCGACUCCCGUCAGAAAGCCCAUCGUCUUGAAGAAGAUUGUGGCUCAUACUGUAAAGAUCCCGUCUGUCCACUCGCCUCGAAGGAGCCCCAGGAUUGCUUUUUCCUUGGAAAAAGAAAACAAUCCUCCUACCAAAGAGCCUACUAAGGAGGACCUCUUCAAGCAGUGCAGCGUCCCUGCCACUCCUGUGCAAAGCCCAGAUGAGUCAAACUCCAGUGAAGGAGACCUGGACACCAGAGACUUGGAAAUGUCCAAGAAAGUCAGGCGGUCCUACAGCCGGCUGGACCCCCUUCACUGUGCCUCCACCUCCACCCCAGGCCGCCCAUCCUGCUUUGGCUUCGAGAGGCUGCUGGGGACAGAAGACCUGGCCGGAGUCUCACCCUUGGUGUGUUCAAAGUUAACCGAGGUCCCCAGGGUCCCUGGGAAUCCUUGGGUCCCGGACACGACUCUCCCCGGAAUUUCCCCACCCGUGAAAGAGAAAAAGAAGAAGAAGAAGGUGCCGGAGAUCCUGAAAUCGGAGCUGGAUGAGUGGGCUGCAGCCAUGAAUGCUGAGUUUGAAGCUGCUGAGCAGUUUGAUCUCCUGGUUGAAUGAGAUGAAACUGGGGUGCACCUAGCCAGACUUCCUUCCCCCUGUACAUAGCCUCUUCUUCCUAUGGAACAGACACUUGGGGUCCCCUUCCCUGGCCUUGCUACCUGUGCAUGUGCUGUUGCUGCACGUGAGGUCUGCCCUUGAGUGUUUGUGUGGUGGCAGCUGUAGGAAAUAGGGUUCGCCUGGCCGGUGUCCUGGCUGUAGUCAGUGACCCACCAUCGUCUCCUCCCUACUUCCUGCAGUGUCCUGGCCAGCUUCCAGUUGGGCUACAGACUUGAGAGGGAGAAUCCCUAGCCCAGCCGGAGGAGGCUAUAGGGCUAGGGAUUGUGGGUGAGAGCAUCUCUACUGUUGCUGGGGGAUGUGUGGCUGCCCUGUGCCAGCCCCAACAGAAACGCAUCAGCCCGUGUGGCUCAGUGAUUAAGCAUCGACCUAUGAACAAGGAGGUCACGGUUUGAUUCCUGGUCGAGGCAC